AUGGACACGUGGCUUGAAGGAGACGAAAUAGCGCUGGCCACGAUCCAACUGACGGGGGAUGAGAACAAGUGCGGGCUAAUUCGAGGUAAAACCACAACGAAGGAUACUUGGGCGACGAAGGACCAUCACCAGAGGGCAUCGCUGGGACUGAAAAUUUCUAAGAGAAAUCUCGCGGAGAUGCCGAAUUCCGCAAAUAUUUCUGGCCAAGGAGUGCCACCGAAUCAGCAGCAGCCAGAAGGUACUGGUCUGCAGCGAGACAGUGAUCCUAACCUCAACUUGGUAGGCCAUCCAGUAGGAUCAAACAAUGACGCUGCGGUUAUGAAUGUUCCGAGUGGAUCGACCAACACCCGUUCCCGCAAGAGCAGAUCAUCCAAGGCUAGUUCCCGUGCUUUACGUGCUUCUCUCGAUCUGCAGCGGCUCGAGGAGGAAAAGCGCCUGGAAAAAGAAUUUCUCGCCAGGAAGUACGAAAUCCUGCAGGCGCAGCUUGAGGAUGGACAAGGCAGUAGCAGUAGCGGCAGAACUCGUCGAUCGUCCCAUGGCAGUUCGCAGAGGACUCACGAUUGGGUACAGAGCCAGAUUGUCCCGACUACCAGUACAACCACCGAACCCCCAGUGAUUCCCGUGGGUACUCAGUCUCGGACCGGCACAAUACCCAAGGAUUUCCCUCCAGCGGUCGCAGUGACAACUAGUGUCAUGAUCAUGGAUGAAUCGAGUGUGCUGGACAUGCGAUCGUUAUCCAUCAACCCGAAUACAGUGGAUCAGGUGGCGCCGAAGGUACAGUGUGCAGCUAGUUCAUCGUUCACUCCAACCCGUCAUCGGCUCGCACAUCUGCUGGCUAAAAACACCGACCAAACGACUGCAGUAAACUGUGCAACCGAUUGUGAAGGCGCAGUAGGUGGUUGCACAACAAUUUCGACGGAUCAUCGUGCGUUGCCGACUGCGGUGAAUUUUUCCAUUUCGCCAACACGCACCCCGGAGGCUUUGAUGGAGCAGCUAAGUGAGCUGCAACAGCGUGUGGACAGUUUCCAGCAACAGUUGUUGGCUAAGACACCUUGUCAAGGCCAGACCCUAGAUCGACACCCGGACGAACCUCGGCACUUCCAGCCGACACAAUCAUCGACGGUGAAUGUGCCAAAGCCAGCGCGCAAAGUUGCGUACGAUCUGCCUACCAGCGACGGUAAUAACAAAGUCACCAGCUCGGUAAGUCAUACGUGCUGCAAUACUAUUUCUGCAUUUGUACCGCAAUUGAAUGUUUUGAGCUCGGUUGAUCUGUCGCUACCGACACGAGCUGUUGAACAAAUAAAUAAAACACCCCCUCCGCCCACCGGGCCAUGCUUACUUCCCCCCAUUCUACCAUUCGUGCCGGCGCAUAUGAGUACACCUCAAGCCCAUUCUACUCCCCCCUCCGUGCAUACAGUUUCCUCUCGAUUGUCUCCAAUAAUGUCGCCGAUGGUUCCCGCAUCUGCCCCCAUCACCGCUCCCGUCUCCGCUGCCAACGAUGUUGCUCGGCGGCAGCUAUUCGGUCCAAACUCACAGCAACUCGCCGCCAGACACGUCGUGCCCAGAGAGCUCCCUGCUUUCACCGGUGAUCCAGUCGAGUGGCCGUUGUUCCUGAGCUGCUACCAGAAUACGACAGACAUGUGCGGAUAUUCCGAUGGCGAGAACCUGAUGCGGCUGCAGCGGUGCCUAAAGGGAAACGCGUUGGAGGCAGUUCGAAGCCAUCUGAUGCAUCCAUCUUCUGUACCGUUAAUCAUCGACACGUUGAAAACGCUGUACGGACGUCCAGAGCAAAUCAUCAACUCUCUACUUUCCAAGCUUCGCGCGACGCCGACCCCAAAAUCGGAACACCUGGAGAGUCUGAUCGGUUUCGGUUUGGCAUGCAAAAACCUUUGCAGCCACCUCCAGGCAGCGGGUCUACAGGAUCACCUUUCGAAUCCUCUGUUGCUUCAGGAGUUGGUGAGUAAGCUGCCAGCUACCCUCAAGCUAAACUGGUCGCUCUUCAAGCGGCAAUAUGCCAUCGCAGAUCUCACCACGUUUGGCAGCUACAUGGACCAGAUCGUGACAGCCGCCAGUGAAGUGACGUUUCUCAACGAAACAGAUGGACAUCGUGGCAAGCAGGAGAAACCGAAGACGAAGGAGAAAAUGUUCGUGCACACCUCUGAGGAGAAGGCAGUGGAAAGCGUUUCCGUCAACCGUCAGGAGAACAAGCCGAAACCCUGUGCGGCCUGCAAGAAGGGCGGACACAGAAUAAAGGACUGCCACUCCUUCCGGAAGAUGCAACUUGCAGACCGCUGGAAACUAGUGCAAGAGCGAUUUCUCUGUCGUCGCUGUUUGGGCUCUCACGGCAAGUUCCCAUGCAAGGCAAGCAACUGUGGGGAGAAUGGUUGCGAGGAUCGUCAUCACAAGCUUCUUCAUCCAGGGAAUCCACAGUUAUCCCGAGCUACCGACACUCCAAAGACUACAAGCACGGUUACCGUUCAUCGGCAGUUCCAGCAAGCUGUUCUGUUCCGUAUUAUUCCGGUGUCGCUACACGGGAAUGGCAAAACCAUCAGAACGUACGCCUUUCUCGACGAUGGUUCAUCCAUAACUUUGGUGGAAGCGCAGGUAGCAGAAGAACUUGGAGUCACCGGUGCCAUACAUCCACUCUGCUUGCAGUGGACCAGUGGUGUUGAACGAGUAGAAGACGAUUCACAAGUGAUAAAGCUGCAGAUUUCCGGUGCAACGAACUCAACGAGGCUCGAUUUGAAGGAAGUGCAUACCGUUAAGAGUCUCAACCUUCCAGUGCAGUCGUUGGAUUUCAGCGUACUUUCCGAACAGUAUCCGCAUCUGCAGGGACUACCUGUCCACAGCUACACAGACGCCGUUCCUACGAUCUUAAUCGGUCUGGACAAUUCCUUCGUGAUGGCAACUCGGAAAAGCAGAGAAGGAGCUAGAGGCAGCCCGAUCGCAGCUAAAACUAGAUUGGGCUGGACAGUCUAUGGAAGCACAUCCACAGAAGCCGAACAAUCCGCUAACAAGCUAUUCCACAUUUCCGUCCGUUCGCCCGAUCAAGAGCUCCACGACCUCGUGAAGGAGUUUUUCGCAUUGGAAAGUGUGAAUGCUACAUCUUCUGCAAUAGAAAACAACGACGAUAGACGUGCCAGGCAGAUCCUCGAAGCCACUACCGUACGGACGGAGUCAGGUCGAUUCCAAACCGGCUUGCUUUGGAAAUACGAUCAUGUGGAAUUCCCAAACAGCCGGCCCAUGGCGGAAAAGCGAUUCUGCUGUCUCGAGCGUCGUCUAGCAUCCAAACCUGAUCUAUACGACAACGUGAAGACCCAGAUCAGUCAAUACCAAGCCAAGGGGUAUGCUCAUAAGGCGAGUCCAGACGAACUAGCUAGCUUCGAUCCUAAGCGGACUUGGUUUCUGCCACUGAACGUUGUUACGAACCCGAGGAAGCCGAACAAGGUGCGACUAGUGUGGGAUGCGGCCGCCAAAGUUCAAGGCCAGUCGUUUAACUCUGCUCUUCUGUCUGGUCCGGAUUUUCUCGCACCGCUUCCAGCCGUUUUGUCUUCAUUUCGCCAGUUCGAGGUAGCUAUUAGUGCCGAUAUCUGCGAGAUGUUCCACCAGAUCUUGAUUCGCCCUGAGGACCGGUCGGCUCAGUUAUUCCUAUGGCGAGACGAUCCGUCCAAGCAAUUCGAGGUGUUCGUCAUGGACGUAGCGACGUUUGGCUCCACCUGCUCUCCUUCUGCAGCCCAGUACGUAAAAAACCGGAACGCCGAGGAGUUUGCCGACGAGUUUCCGCAGGCAGCGGAGGCGAUAACGAAACACCAUUAUGUCGACGAUUUUCUGUGCAGUGUGGAUACCGAACAGGAUGCAGUGGAACUUGCAGAACAGGUGAAGUUAGUGCACUCGAAGGCUGGAUUUGAUAUACGAAACUGGCUGUCGAACUCGAAUCACGUUCUCACACGGGUCGGGGAACAACAAACGGAAUCUGCAAAGAAAGUUUGGAUCGAUAAGUCUGCCGCGUACGAACGCGUUCUUGGCAUGACCUGGAAGCCGGAAUCGGAUGUCUUCGUAUUCCAAGGAGUGUUCAGGGAAGAAAUCCAGGUUCUUCUUCUGAGCGACGCCGUUCCGACCAAAAGAGAAGUUCUGCGAACCGUAAUGAGCAUCUUCGACCCCAUCGGACUGGUAGCCAUCUUCGUAGUCCACGGAAAGGUGCUUGUACAGCACAUCUGGCGCUCUGGGAUCGGUUGGGACGAACGCAUUUCGGAAGUACUUCUAGAGCAAUGGCAGCGGUGGAUCAAAUUACUGCAGCAGCUGGACCGAAUCGAAAUCCCACGUUGCUACUUCCCUGGCUACUCCUCUGAAGACUACAGGACUGCGGAGCUGCACAUUUUUGUGGACGCAUCCGAAGAAGCCUUUGCUGCAGUGGCGUAUUUCCGGAUUGUCGAAGGAACAACAGUUCGAUGCUCGUUGGUUUCGGCAAAAACGAAGGUUGCGCCUCUGAAGCUAUUAUCCAUUCCCAGGCUAACUGAAAUCCACGAUCUCACGCAGGUCGAUGAAUGGCGCUGGGUGCCGUCUCGUUUGAAUGUGGCCGACGAGGCUACUAAGUGGGGAAAAGGCCCCGAUAUCACUUCCGGCAGUCGCUGGUUUCAAGCUCCAAAGUUCCUCUACGAGCACCCGGAUUCGUGGCCUCAGCAAACAAUGAAAGGCAACGAGUCGUCUGAGGAGCUUCGUCCGGUUCACCUUCAUCACGACGUAGCCCAGGAACAACUGUUGCAGUUUGGGCGGUUCUCAAAAUGGGAGCGCCUGGUCCGCGCUGUAGCCUACGUGCACAGGUUCGUGCACAAUCUUCGUUGCAAAGUCAAGAAGCAGCCUACAAGUUGUACGGAAUGGCUAACUCGAGAUGAACUACAACGUGUGGAGACAACCAUUUUCAAGCUUAUCCAGCACGAAACUUUCGGGGACGAGAUCGUUAUUCUCAAGCGUAAUCAGCAACUUCCCGCUGGUGAACAACUGCAGCUGGACAGGACCAGCAAGAUUCGCAAGUUUUCUCCUUUUCUGGACGAGCAGGACGUCAUGCGAAUGGACGGUAGAAUCGCAGGUGCACAGCAGGUUUCGUUCGACUUUAAGUUCCCAGUUAUUCUGCCCAAGCGACACGGCGGCACUACACUUCUGGUAGAUUGGUAUCAUCGGCAGUACAAGCACUGCAAUGCGGAAACAGCGGUAAAUGAGAUGCGUCAAAGGUUCCACGUGUCGGAGAUGAGAGUUGCCUUCAAGCAGGCCGGAAAGCUGUGUCAGUGGUGCAAAGUCUACAAGGCAGUUCCAGAAAUCCCGAGAAUGGCUCCAUUGCCACAAGCAAGGACGGUAUCGCACGUUAGGCCAUUCACUUACGUCGGCGUGGACUACUUCGGGCCGAUGUUGGUGAAGCAGGGACGCAGCGAGGUGAAACGUUGGGUCGCGUUAUUUACCUGCUUGACCAUACGCGCAGUGCAUCUUGAAGUGGUGCACAACCUCACAACGGAGUCCUGCAAGAUGGCGGUAAGGCGUUUCGUUGCACGGAGGGGGGCCCCGAGGGAAAUCUUUAGCGAUAGAGGAACGAACUUUGUGGGUGCAAACCGUGACCUGAAGAUGGAACUCCAGCAGAUCAACAGCAACCUCGCUAGUACCUUCACCAAUACGGAUACACAGUGGCGUUUCAAUCCACCUUCCACGCCGCAUAUGGGGGGAUCUUGGGAGCGCAUGCCGGAUGAUGAGACCCUCCGUACGCUCCUGGUGGAAGCGGAAUCCAUCGUGAACUCGAGGCCGCUGACAUAUCUCCCAAUCGAUUCUGAAGAGCAGGAAGCCCUCACACCGAACUGCUUCCUAAUGCUGAGCACUAGCGGCGUCAAUCAGCCGGCCAGAGAACCGAUCGAGGAGAGGGCGACAGCAAGGUGUAACUGGGACCUGUGCAAACAACUGUUAGACAGAUUCUGGGCUCGGUGGAUCAAGGAAUAUCUUCCAACGAUCACGAAACGCACCAAGUGGUUCAGAGAAUACAAACCCGUACAAGUCGGCGAUCUAGUGAUUGUUGUGGAGGAUCGAGUACGGAAUGGCUGGGUCAGAGGACGAGUUGUUCGCGUGUUUCCAGGACGGGACGGCCGUAUACGCAAUGCGGAAGUAGCGACAACCAGUGCAGGAUUGCUGGUGCGGUCGGUAGCGAAAUUGGCAGUUCUGGAAGUAGGAGGUACCGCUGAAGUAGACUUCAAGCAAUACGGGUCGGGGGAUGUUCCGAACGAGCAGAAACCUGCACCCCGGUGCGACAGGGUCACUCGAUCCACUCACAGUAGAAGAUCGUAG